UACAUAUAGUAUUUUAUGAGAGAAUUUAUUAGACCACGAAUCAUAACAAUAGACAAGAAAUGCAUUUUUUCUAUCAUUUAGUGUUCAUGAUAGACUGCAAUAAAAAGCUUAUAAAUAUUAUAUAUCAAGUUAUUUUGAAAUAUUCAUGAAAAAUGUUCAGGAUUAUAAUUAUUAAAUUUUUGUAAGUAGACAAUAAAACUUAAAAAAGAAAGAGUUUCCAGAUCUUUGAUGAUUUUUUGAUAAUUUAUCUGUAUGUGAUCAAUCCUUUGAGUCAGAAGAGGCUUUAAAAGAUACCAAAAACUGUUUCUACAAUCUGACCUAUACAAAUUUUUAGGACAAUAAAUUUUAGUAGUUUCUAUAAACGAAGAAGUUUGUGUUUGAUCAUCGUUCUUUUGCUUAUAAUUUGUCUCGAAUCUUAGGGAGUUAUGGCAUUAUAAAGAAAGAAAAAAGGUGAAUUGACUUUCUGUAUGUCCUUGAACUUCUGCAUUUUAAAAGCCUCUUCUCUCUCAAACAACCAAUCAAACACAGGAAAAUUCUCAAAAAAUCUUUAUAGAUUUGAAAACUCUUUGUUUUUUUUAUUAUCUAACCACAAAAGAUUUGAUAAUUGUGAUCCUUAACAUCUUUUAUGAAUACUUCAAAACAAUUUGAUAUAUUACAUUUAUAAGUUUCUCGAUAAAAUCUUCCAUGAGUACUAAAUCAUACAAAAAAUUAUAUUUAAUGACGAUUGUUAUGAGACAUGAUCUAGCAAAUAUUCUCGUUAGUCUAAUCUACAGAUCAUAUUGACACCAUGUAUCUAUUAUUUAAAAAUCUUAUUUCUGCUUUCGAUAUUAUUAUGAAAAAGUACUUACCACAAUGAAAUUAAUAAGAUUUAAGAUAAAAAAAAAAUGUUUUAUGUCGAUUAAGUUUGAUGAAAUGUAUGUAAUAUUGUCCACUUUAUUUUUGCAAAUGAUUCUUUUUUAUUUGUGUGUGAAGCAAUUAUAUAUAUAUAUAUAAUUGUUUUUACUAAUCGAUGAUGUACUUUUUUUCUCCUUGUUUUUUCUUUUUUCUUUAACAUACUCUGUGAAGAAUGUAUCCAGUCAAGAUAUGCUUGUUGCACACAAAACGAUUUUUCUCUAAUGAUUUAUGUAGAAAAAAUAUCUCAUAUAAAAUAAUACAAAAGCAUGAUUCACACGACUAUCGAAAGGUAAAUGAUUAUGGGAUAAAUAUCAUAAUUUUUGUUUUGAAACGUUUACUAUAUUAUGACCACAUAUACACAAAUAAAUAAAAUCUCACAAAAUUUUGGAUAAAUAUUUUCAUUCACAAUUAAAAUCAAAUUAAUACAAUAAGACAUAUUUCUUUUUAUAGAUUUUAAAGAUUUUAUUCUUAAAAAUAAUCUAGUUUAAUUGUAAUAUAACAUCAACAACAUUAAGUAGUAAUGAUAUUUCAUUAUUUAAAUUAUAUGAUAAACGUACAAUAGGCCAAUAA